CUUGUGGGACCUCAAAUCCCAUGCUGUAUUUGAUUUCCAGGGCACACUUGAUUCAAAACGCCCUUUAGUUCUUCCUCUAGAUCUCAUUUUCUAGUUGUUUAGCAAAUAAUUUUUUGAGGGGUGGGACAGGUGGUAAGAGAGACCAUAAAUGAGUGUCGUCCUCAACCAAGAUGCUGAAAAACACCCCAUGACGUUCUGCUACCAGGUGAAUGGGUCUUGUCCCAGGACGGUCCAUCCCCUGGGCAUCCAGGUGGCCAUCUACCUGGCCUGUGCAGCAGGCGUGCUGAUUACGGUCCUAGGAAAUUUGUUUGUGGUGUUCGCUGUGUCCUACUUCAAAGCGCUUCACACUCCCACCAACUUCCUGCUGCUUUCCCUGGCCCUGGCUGACAUGUUUCUGGGUCUGCUGGUGCUGCCCCUCAGCACCGUCCGCUCAGUAGAGAGCUGCUGGUUCUUCGGAGACUUCUUCUGCCGCCUGCACACCUACCUGGACACCCUCUUCUGCCUUACCUCCAUCUUCCAUCUCUGUUUCAUUUCCAUUGACCGCCACUGUGCCAUCUGUGAGCCCCUGCUCUAUCCCUCCAAGGUCACAGUCAGGGUGGCCCUCAGGUACAUCCUGGCAGGGUGGGGGGUGCCAGCAGCAUACACUGCCUUCUUACUCUACGCAGACAUGGUGGAGAGAGGGCUCGGCCAAUGGCUGGAAGAGAUGCCUUGUGUGGGCAGUUGUCAGCUGCUGUUCAAUAAGUUUUGGGGCUGGUUAAACUUUCCUAUGUUCUUCUUCCCCUGCCUCAUCAUGAUCAGCUUGUAUGUGAAGAUCUUCGUGGUUGCUAGCAGGCAGGCUCAGCAGAUCAACAGCUUAAGCAAAAGCCUGGCUGGGGCUGCCAAGCGUGAAAGAAAAGCUGCCAAGACCCUGGGCAUCGCCGUGGGCGUGUACCUCUUGUGCUGGCUUCCUUUCACCAUCGACACAAUGGUCGACAGCCUCCUUAACUUCAUCACGCCACCACUGGUCUUCGACCUCUUCAUCUGGCUUGCUUACUUCAACUCAGCCUGCAACCCGAUCAUCUACGUCUUUUCCUACCGGUGGUUCAGGAAGGCACUGAAGCUCAUCCUGAGUCGGGAGAUCUUCUCACUGCGGACACCCACUGUCGAUUUGUACCAAGAGUGACUGAAUGCAGGCAAGGGGUGCGGUUUUGAGGAAGGAUGAGUGGAGCUGUGGCAGUGGGCUGUGUGGUGUCAGGAGUUUGUGGGCAGGCUUCCGGGGCAGCAGGGUUUAAGUGGAGGGGCAAAAACAAGGAGAUACAGCACUCCUUCAAUGUUUCUAUAGAACGUAGGAAACGGAGAGAGUGAAGUCAUCUAAGUAUUUACUGGAUAAGUAAAAAUCUAUGCAAAUAUUAGGCUCCUUGUUUAUUACUUCCUCAAGACAACUGAGAUGCAGAGGUGGAGGAAAAAGAGCACUGAGGUCAGAUUUCUGAGUUCUUGUCCUGGUCCUGCCAACAGGCAGCGCCAGGUUAGGCUACUUAGGCAAUCUUUGAACCCUCCUCCUAUCACAGUUUCCAUAUCAAGAAAAUUAAAGGUUUGUACUGUUGGCUCUCUGAGACAUCCUUGAGCUCAAAUAUUGUGUAAUUGAACUUUGGGAAACAUUGUUUGUAUCCUAAUUUUGUAUCACUUUCAUAACCAUGGUCAAGUGUUUGGAAAGUCGCUUUUUCAAAAUGUUCCUUUUAAAAACCCUCCAUCUCCUUGGAACCCAGCCGUUGAACAGGUUGGUAAACCAGGUCUGUCUGUUUCAAUGCUCACUGAGUACAGGCAUUAUAUUCUUGAAAGAAUAUUUUCUCCCUUUUUCUUUAAUAAUUGCAACAUGAAAAUAUGUGGCAGGUUUGGUAAAGUGACCGUGAUCCACAUCUCAUUAUUUUAAUAUUUUCUCCUUUCUUGACAUCACACAAGUUAGUCCUACGAUCUUCCCAGGGACAGCAGUAUAUGAUUUUCUUUGGGGAAACAAGAACUUAUGCCACAUGCUUGCUCAAAACCAAACCAAAUGCUUCUCAGGAGCUAUUACUAGGAAAGGUGUAUCUUCUCUGUACAUCUUGUUUCUGUUUUCUUCCUCGAUCUUUUCCUGCAGGUCUUUAGUCACCCUACUUCCACUGAUGUUUUUCCCUUUUUUUAAAAUUGGAGUAUAGUCAGUUUAUAAUGUUGUGUCAGUUUCUGGUGUACAGCACAAUGUUUCAGUCAUAGGUAU